UGCUGGGAAGGUAUAAAAGCAGCUUGCCUACCAAGGUUCUUCACCGUGCUCAGGGAAGAGCCUGCUACGGUGGACUGUGAGACUCAGUGCACUGUCCUCCUCCCAGCGACCCCACGCUGGACCCCCUGCCGGACCCUCCACCCUUCGGCCCCCAAGCUUCCCAGGGGCUUCCUUUGGGCUGGACUAUCCCUGCUCAUCCAUUCUCCUGCCACCCCCAGACCUCCUUGGCUCCAGGUUGCCGCCACCUCUCGCCAGAGUGAUGAGGUCCCGGCUUCUGCUCUCCGUGGCCCAUCUGCCCACAAUUCGGGAGACCACGGAGGAGAUGCUGCUUGGGGGUCCUGGGCAGGAGCCCCUGCCCUCUCCUAGCCUGGAUGACUACGUGAGGUCCAUAUCUCGACUGGCACAGCCCACCUCUGUGCUGGACAAGGCCACGGCCCAGAGCCAACCCAGGCCACCCCACAGGCCAGCCCAGGCCUGCCGGAAGGGCCACCCUGCUGUGUCCCUGCAAGACAUCACCGCACGUUUCAGUGGCCAGCAGCCCACACUGUCCACGGCUGAUGCUGUGGACCCCCUGGAAUGGCUUUUUGGGGAGUCCCAGGAAAAGCAGCCAAGCCAGAGGGACCUGCCAAGGAGGACUGGCCCCUCUGCUGGCCUCUGGGGUCCACACAGGCAGAUGGACAGCAACAAGCCCAGGGGGGCCCCCAGAGGGAGGCUCUGUGAAGCCAGGAUGCCUGGGCACUCCCUGGCAAGACCACCACGGGAUGGGCAGCAGAGCUCUGACCUAAGAAGCUGGACUUUUGGGCAGCCUGCCCAAGCCAUGGCCUCCCCCCACAACCCCCGCCCCAGCAGCGUCCUCAGAACUCUCUACUCGCACCUCCCGGUGAUCCAUGAACUCUGACCCCUCCCCAGUAAAGGCUUCUGUAAGCAGCACGCUGGUCUGCAUCUCCUCCAGUCUCCUCCAUGGUGGUCACUGCCCCUGGCAGGUCUCUGGAAGGGAAAUGCUUUUCUGCAGAGGCCCCUGCUUCGGCAGUUCACAGUGAGACCGACCCCCUCUGAGUAUGAUAACAGCCUGUCUCACAUGAGAAGAUGUUACUGAUCCCGUUCACUCUGAUCCUUGCUGGCUGAUCACCUUGAGCAACUUACUUAACAGCUGUGUUCCUCAGUUUCUCAUGGGUAAUAUGGGGAUGAUUACUGGCACCUGCCUCCCAGGCCAUUCUGACGCAUAACCGCAUAUAGGAGCCCAUUGGCUGAGUAGCUACCGUCAUUGCUGGUGGGGAAACCAGUGGUAGGGGUGUGAGGGUAGUGGGGUGUCAGCCCCCCAGGUGUUUCAGAACAAGGCCUCAGGCACUCCCAAGUCCGCCUCUUGGCCCCCACCCUCAAAGCCCAUGUUCUGGGAGGCCCAAGAGAACACAUGGAGUCUUAGCAAAUGCACUGAUGUAUUCCAGGGGGACUGUCCCCUGGCACCACUGGGGCACUCUGCUGGCUACAACUCAUACGUCCUGUGGUGGCACUGGGAGAGUUCCCCCAUGAUGAGGGCCAAGAUAGAAUCUGUACCACUCAGUCCUACCAUCCCCACCCCCACACCGCCUCCACCCAGGGGCCUCAUGGCACGGUCAGGGUCCCAGCUGUGGGUGACAAGCAGGGCACUGUCCAGCUGUCCUCCACCGGGGGAGUCCAGAUGUCCUAAGGCCCAGGCCAGGGCAUCUGGAGUCUGAAGGACCCUAGUUCCUAGAGGCAUCUGGCAGCAAGAAGGUGAGGCAUCAGGGAAUGGGAAUCAGGCUGGCACUGAUCAGAGGCGAAGGGACAGAGAGAGGAGAGGAGGAAGAUUGAGCUGGGGGCAACAGCCAAGCUCACCUGGGCAGGUCUCUGCCACCUCCUUGCUCUGUGAGCUGUCAAUCUAGGUUAUUCUCUUUUUUUGUGGCUAUUUUUAAUUGCUUUGGAUUUGUUAAAUGUUUAUCUGUCUUCUGUUGUGUGUGUUUUCUGGGGAGAUAGAAUGUAAACCAUAUUAAAAGGAAAAAGUUUCAGACAAGCAA